UUUCUAAAAUAAAAUUGUCUUGUGUAGCAGAAAAAAAAUAUUUAUGUAGAUCACAAAUGUAAAAAUUAAUUUUCUUUUAUUCCGUUUCUAUAAUGGCAGAUUGGCAAGAUCGUGAGCAUCCUGAUACUAUUGUUUUGUUUGAUGUGGAUGGUACUUUGACUCCAGCUCGUAGGGACGUGACACCCGAAGUCACAGAAAUACUUAAAGCUUUGAAAAAGAAGGUUGUUAUUGGUUUCGUUGGCGGUUCUGAUAUUUCGAAGCAAUUAGAACAACUUGGCCCAAAUUGUAUUAAUGAAUUCGAUUUUGCAUUCUCGGAAAAUGGACUUACGGCUUAUAGAUCAGGAAAACAGCUUGCAUCUCAAAGUUUUAUUGAAUGGAUAGGCGAAGAAAAAUAUACUAAGUUGGUCAAUUUCAUUUUGAAGUACAUCGCCGAUCUUGAUCUUCCAAAAAAACGUGGAUGUUUCGUAGAAUUCAGAAAUGGAAUGAUAAAUGUUUCACCAAUUGGAAGAAACUGCAGUAUGAAAGAACGGGCCGAAUUCGAGGCGUAUGACAAAAUUCAUAAUAUCCGAACUAAAUUCGUAUUAGCGUUGAAAAAUGCUUUCUCCGAUUAUUCUUUGACAUUUUCAAUUGGAGGACAAAUAUCUUUCGACGUGUUCCCUACUGGAUGGGAUAAAACUUAUUGUCUCAAACAUAUUGAAGCUGAAGGAUUUAAAACAAUUCACUUUUUUGGUGAUAAAACUUAUGAGGGAGGAAACGAUUAUGAAAUUUAUACUCAUCCUAAAGUUACAGGACAUUCUGUUAAUAAUCCUGGUGAAACCGUAAAGAAAUUAAAAGAAAUAUUUAAUAUCUAAUAGAAGAUAAUUUAAUAAGUUUAUAAGGAAAAAUUUUUAGGAUAUCAGAAUUAAAUUAAUAAUAGAAAAAUUUUAAUUAAUUUAAAUUUUUCUAAUCUUUUAAUGAUACAUUUUAUUUAAUAUGUCGCUUAAUCUUUUCUUACAUUUUAUUCUGAAGAUUAUAUUUUAAUGCACUGUUGCCAAGUAUGAGUCAACUAAUUUAAUUUCUUCAAAAAUGUUUUCUCAUAAAAAAAAAUAAAUGAAUAUUUACCUUAUUAAGUGUAUCUGAGACACUUUCCUAUUAAAAAUUCGAAUUCUUUAAAAAUUAACUAAUUUGUGCUUAUUAGCAAAUAGAAUCUAUUCAAACAAGUGGAGAUAAUGCUCAAAAUUAGCUGACUUUAAAAAUAUGCAACACCUCGUUUUUUUUAAAAAAAAAAAG